AUGUACACUGUGUACAUUGUUUUAUUUCAUUUAUUGAAUGUUAUUGUAUGUCAACACGAUCAUGGCCAUUCCAAAACAAUGUAUGACAAAUUAUCCAACCAAAUUAUUAGCAAAAUAAACAAAGCUAAAAAGGAAUACACUCCUUGUGAAUCAAAGAAUGGAACAUGUUUUUUCCCAAACAUCUUGAAAGAUCUAGAGCCAUUUAAAGAUGGUAUUACCCAUGAAAUGAUAACUGCAGCCGCAGACAAAGGAACUCGUUAUAUGAUUUUUAAUCAUGAUUUAUACAGAGAAACAAAGUGCAUGUUUCCAGCCCGUUGUGAAGGUAUUGAACAUUUUUUAAGUAAAAUUCAAUUAAAUACUCCAGACGUAGAGUUCAUAUUAAAUACACGAGAUUGGCCUCAAAUAAUAAAACAUUAUGGUGAUCCUAAACCGGUUUUUUCUUUUAGCAAGACAGAUGAUUAUGCUGAUAUAAUGUAUCCUGCUUGGUCUUUUUGGAGUGGAGGGCCAGCAAUUAAACUGCAUCCAUCAGGACUUGGUAGAUGGGAUUCUCUGAGAAAAUCUAUUUUGAAACAAUCAGAACAAUGGCCAUGGAAACAUAAAAUUUCUAAAGGAUUUUUCCGAGGUUCUAGAACUAGUGAACAACGUGAUUCGCUCAUACUUCUAUCGAGAAAUAAACCAGAACUAGUAGAUGCAGCAUAUACAAAAAAUCAAGCCUGGAAAUCUGAUAAGGAUACACUUUUUGCUCCACCAGCAGAUGAAAUAUCAUUAGAAGACCAUUGUCAAUAUAAAUACUUGUUUAAUUUCCGAGGUGUGGCAGCUAGUUUUCGUUUCAAACAUCUUUUUUUAUGUAAAAGUCUUGUUUUUCAUGUUGGAGAAGAAUGGAAGGAGUUUUUCUAUCAAUUUAUGAAACCUUGGUAUCAUUAUGUCCCAAUAAAUCCAAAUGCAUCCGAAAAUGAUAUAAGGAAUAUUUUAGUAUUUUUCAAAGAGCAUGACGAUUUAGCCAAAGAAAUUUCAGAACGAGGUUAUAGAUUUAUCAGAACCCAUUUAAGAAUGAAAGAUAUAUCAUGGUAUUGGGAAACACUGCUGCAUGAAUAUGCCAAAUUAUUAAAGUACAAACCAAAACUAGACAAUGAACUUAACCCAGUUAAUAGGUGA